AUACACGCCACACUCGUAAAUAAAUUAAAAUGGCUCUAUAAAUCAACCUUUAAUAGUUUCAUUCCAUCAUCAAGCUAUCUAUCAUACUUAAAAUAUGGCAACUCCCAGCAUCCAUGGCAAUCUUCUUCAAGUCACCGUUGCUAGUUGUAAUAAUUUGAAAGAUACGGAAUGGAUUUCGAGGCAAGAUCCUUACGUUUGUGUUGAAUACGGUAGUGAUAGAUCGCGUACUCGUACAUGUACAGAUGGAGGUAAAAACCCGAAUUUUCAAGAGAAGUUUGCGUAUACACUAAUUGAAGGACUACGAGAAUUGAAUAUUAGCGUUUGGAAUAGCAAUACCGUCCACCAUGAUACCUUCAUUGGCAGCGGAAAGGUCCAAUUGGCAAAGGCUAUUUCACAGGGAUUUGAUGAUAGCACUUGGCCAUUGCAGAGCAAAACUGGCAGGGAUGCUGGAGAGGUUCGGUUGAUUAUACAGUAUACCAAGCCCAUUAAACCAGCAAACAGUCAGACUCUACCCCAAGGCGGCUCACUCUAUCCAUUAGUGUCAUAUCCACCAUCACCAAUGUCUGGAGCUCCAUACCCACCGGUUGGAGUGUACCCUGCUGCACCAUCGUCCUACCCCUCAUAUCCACCUAAUUUAGCCGCUUAUCAGCCGUCCCCAUACCCGCCUCAAGGGGCUUAUUAUGCUCAGCCAUAUCCACCCAAUUCAGCUUAUCAUCCUCCACAACCAUAUGGAUCCCAAUAUCCCCCUUGUCAUCCAUACCCAGGAACAUAUCCUCCUUUGUACUGAGGUACAACUCAUCCCCCUAAUAAAGUAUUGCCAGGUGGUGUCCAUCCAUGUAUUUUUGCUCUGAAAUUUGUCUCUAUUUAUUGUCAGCAGUAGCGAGUUAGUUCUUUAAAAGCCAUUAUUAAUUUAUGUAAGCUUGGCCUAGAAUGUUUUGAGUCUAGAUAUGAAUAAAUUUCAAUAUGUUCCCUUGUUUCUUCUAUCUUCUUUUGUUCUGAUUCGGUUCACAGCAAGUGAUAUCAGAGCAUGUUAAUCCAUAGACAUCCGUAACAAAAUCAGUUUGAGGUUCCGCCAGGAGGUGCAUGAAGCUUUCGUGCGACAUGACUCCACCUUCCAAACAAUAACUAUAAGCUCAUGCUCUCAGUUCGUAGCACAAGUCACUUCCCCACCGGUUCAACCUACACAACUUUAACCAUUUGCACCAACACCAAAACCCACACUAUCAUUAGGUGUACUCAGCCCUCCGCCAUCUCUGGUUCAAUAGCAAGAGCUAAUGCCGUGGCCACAACUACAGUCACAACUAGUGGACAAAGCGUGGUUAGAUUAUCGUUGAAGAAAGUUGUAAAUUUAGCAAAGAAGAUAUUGACACCUCUCAAACGUGCAGCCAGGAAACCUAAGUGGCGUCUUCUGGCGCUUCGUUAAGACUUCUUUGAAUGUUGCCGCAACAACCAAGUGACGGCUACCGUGGCGAUUCGCUAAGCACUGUUCGGAUUCUCUGCUUAAGGAGAAGGAGCGUUUAUGUGGCACAUGUUAUCUUUUCUUCAAUGUGGGUCCUAUCUAGGAAUUUGGAGGGGUAUGGUCCAAACUGUUGCGCAAGCUGCUACCUAGCCUCUGCACGCGCAGGACCAUACCCACACUUAGCAUUAAAAACACUCAGCUGAUUCUAGUGUUCCGUCGUGGGCCACUCCCGUGGGUGUGGGACAAUGCCAACUCAGAGGAGACACAUAGUACAAGGUGAAAAGGACCUACAGCCAAUCAACGUAUGCCAACUACUAUACCUGAAGAUCCCCACGAUGCUCAAUCGUGCAGGGGCAAACAGUACUGGCGACAUCAAUGUGUAGCCAACCAGCGUGCAGCAUUUCACCCUUCCUUAGUCUCCACUAACAGCCGAGGGUAGAUGAGAUAACAAGUACAUCUGGAAAGCAGCC